AUGCAAGAGCCAUGCGACGUCCGUCUCUCACUCAUCGACAGCGCUCAGGAUGCGGCGCUUGGCCAGAUCGAGACGAAGCUACUUGCCAUCGAGUGUGCCGUGCUCCAGAGCGACAUCAAGAGCGUUACGGGGGCCCAAGAAGCGCUGGAAGACGCGGAGGAGACGACAUCUGUCGUGGACAUGGCCAAAUGUAUCUGUGCAGGCGAUUACGUGGAUCUGAUUCGACUCCCAAGGGCUCAGAAAUUGCUGCAAAGUGUCGCUCAAUGGCGGAUGGAGAGUCUGGACCAUGGCGACCAAGACGCGCACCUUUGUGGGAGGCUCGCGGAAGCGCUGCAGGGCUAUUUGCUGGAUGAAUGCGGCAGUGCAGAGAGCCGUCUCGUGGCAGCCUAUGAAGUGCUAUAUGUUGGGGUGGCGUUCCUCAAUAUGUACGUGCAAGCAAACUAUACGGGACCAGCAUUUGAGAACGAGACGCUCCGGGAUGUGCUCGAUCUUGCGACGCGUCUCGUGACUUGUUCAACUGACAGUAGCGACAAGAAAGCACGCAGUGAUGCACUUGUGGCACUUCAGGUGGACGGAGAGAGUCCGUUUUCUAUCUGUGAGUACCCGCAGUUCUUGCUCCUUGGUCGCUGCUUGCUGGACUUUGUGGGAAACCACGCUUAUGAUGACUGGUCCGUGGCUGCGCACGAGAUGGUGCAUGGAGAAAAUGACAAUGAAGUGCCCGAUAGUGUGGUACAGGGCCCCGUCAAGCGACAUGUCAGUGGUGGAGCAGCUAUUCGCGUACUCGGGGAGUUGCUAGGACGGAUCAAGUCGGCAGCGUGGUGGAAUGCUCGUGCUGCUGUAGCGCACGAACGGCUACUGCUUUCAAAGCAGCCUUCGAACACACUGUGGUUUGAAGCUCGUCGUGGCUACAUCCAGACGUUAACGACAAGCGAUCUUUUCGCCUUUGAAGAGGAUACUCAGUACUUGCUCGCUCGUGCGUACGUCGAGUGGGGCUUGGCGCAACACCACUUUGAUAAGAAUAAGCAUGGCAAGGCGACAUUCGAACACGCGAAAGAGAUCUCUGGUGUGGCCGUACAGCUCAGUGGAUCGUUGGGAAGGCGCACCAAGUAUCAGCAGAAAAGUGUCGCUCAGAUGGUAUUGCUUGCGGCAUCGAAGAAAGAGCCUGCAGAGGUGGACGAACAAGCUUCUGUUCACACGGCGGCUGUAGCCGAAUCGACUCAUGUAGACUUCGGUGGCAAAAAGCAGGCCAAAACAAAUUGCGAUGACCCAAACGGUGCAGUAGCUGUUUCUUGUCCUCCCUCCAACAAUCUUACUACUGACGAGGAGCAUAUUCAGAGGCUGGUGCAGGAAGGCGAGGCUUCUUAUCGCAAUGUGAACUUGGAUCAAGUGGACCAGGACAAUUAUCUUCUGGAAAGCAUCAAUUUUGAAGACCGUAAGCUCACAAAACAAGGCAAUUUGCAGGUUGUCGAUCAAAUUGUACUGCUGGGAUUGUGUCUAGACGUGAAGAAUAGCAACGCGAAUGACGGCCUCACUCGAGAAGAAAUGAUGCCGUACGUAACGCGCGUACUCGAAAACCCAAACAAUUGGAUGGUAUACUCGACGGCAUUGCUGGAGCGUGCGUGGCUCGAGUGUGAGAGCUCGAAACGACGUGAACGCGCCGUAUUGCAGAUGCAGGCUCUGGUAGACCAGCACACUACGCGGCUUACGAUCACGCAAAACACAUUGCAAUCUAUUGCAGAUUCGGCGCCGGCUCGUGAACGUAUGCAGUUUGUGUAUUCGCUGGCUUUCCCUCCACGGUAUGCUCUCAAGCGCGAUUUGGCCGAGCGAUACUUUAAGCUUGGCGUUCUAGGCAGUGCUGUAGAAAUCUGUGAAGAGCUAGAGAUGUGGGAUGACGUUGUCAAGUGCUACCAGAUCUUGGACAAACCAACGCGUGCCGAAAAGCUCGUGCGCGAACGCCUUUUGAUCGCCCCCACACCGUUCAUGUGGGUCACGCUCGGCGAUCUCACGCAGGACCCUUCCCACUACGAGACGUCCUGGACACUCUCAAAGCAGCGGUUUGCCCGUGCAAAGCGUUCACUCGGACGCUACUACUUCGAUAAAGGCGACCAUGAAGUAGCAAUUUCCCAUUACAAGGAUGCAGUGCAUGUCGGUCCCAUGCAUACUGGCGCUUGGUUCACUCUUGGUGCGAUCGCAAUGCGUGUGCAUCGCUGGCCACUCGCCAUGCGCGCGUUUACACGCGUGGUGCAGCUGGAGCCGGACAAUGGUGAAGCGUGGGGCAAUUUAGGCUCCAUCCACAUGCACAACCAUAGUUACGGGGAAGCUUUCGCCGUGCUGGAAGAAGCACUGAAACAAAAGCGUCAUAUGUGGCAGAUGUGGGAGAACUUUGCGCUUUGUGCUAUGAGAACAAAGCGCUACGGCGAAGCUAUGUACGCCAUGCACCAGCUCUUGGACAUGCGCGCCAAGCACAAGCGUCCAGUUGAUAGUGAGAUGCUGGCGUGGUUGGUGGAAGCUAUAGUGUAUCCGGACUCCCUCAGGUCAAUGGAGCAGGAAGUUGACAGCGAAGUGGGCGUGAUGGAACAAGUGGCUACUAAGAAGGAUGUGUCCGAACAAGUGGACGAUGACGACGACUUGACGGAGCUUGAUGAGGUGUCAGCAGCCACGGACAUGACUCCUCCGCGGUCUGAUUCUCACUACAAGAAGCAGCUGGCGAUGCUCUUUGGCCGCGUGACGUCCAUUGUAACAAACGAUGCCAAGGUGUGGCAGGUGUAUGCACACUUCAAUGACGGCGUCGAGAAUCGAGCCGACAAGGCUCGCGACUGCCGGUUGAAGCAGUGCCGCGCCUUGCAAGUUGCUGGCUGGGAGCGUGAGGAGCUGAAAGUCAACGAGCUCUGUGUAGCAGCUUGUCGAUUGGCUCAGGAUUAUCUGACGGAAGGGACGAAGAAGGCGCUCUGCUCGUGCCGUCUGUAUAUCCGAAGCGUGCUCAAGAAGGCGCAAGUGGACUUUUCCGAUUUGGAUGCAGUGAAGACACUUGCUGCUGUAUUCGACGAGGUCAGUACUCGAGAAACGCAGCUCUAA